CAGAUGGUGACGUUGGGGUUGGCAGUGGGUUGGCCCAGGCCUGGUGUGUGGAGGAACCUCACUGUCUUUUGGCUUCCUGUCACUCAUUCUGUGUCCCUGCAGAAGUGACAAGUGUUCACCCAGGUGGCUCGCACAGACAGACCUCCCAGCCCUUGUGUAGGCACACUUGGGUGAAAGCCGAGUGGAGGAAAGGCCCAGAGGCACCCUUUCUGCAGGAAGGCAAGGCCCCUGACUGCAUCUGUGAAGCCACAAUGAACUGGGUGACCUCUUUCAGCCACCUGCUUCUGGUGCUCCCACUGGCCCUGCUCCCAUCACCCCCACCCACUCUGGGAAUAGAGUUGGUGCUGGCCAAGGUAGGAGAGAUGGUGGAGCUGCCCUGUAAAGCUUCCCAGAAGAUCAUGCCCUUUGCCUGGCACCGGCCUCCCCACAGCAACAUUCUGAAGAGGCACGGGAACUUAUGGACCACAGGUAUCUCCAACAUGAAUGGUCGUGUUGAAUCAAAAAAAUCCCUGUGGGACCAAGGCUCCUUUCCUCUAAUCAUCAGUCAGCUUAAGGUAGAAGACUCCGGGCUUUACACCUGUGAGGUGAUGGGCAAGAAGCUGGAAGUGGACUUGAUGGUGUUCAAAGUGAAUGCUAGCUCAAGCAUCCAUCUGCUGUCUGGGCAGAGCCUGACCCUGACCGUGGAGGGGCCCACUGGGAAAGGCCCCUACUUUGUGCAGUGGAAAGGACCCCAGGACAAAGAAAGGAUUGAGGGCAUGACCCUGUCACUGGCCCAGAUGGAGCUGAAGCACAGUGGCCCUUGGACCUGCAGUAUGACCUACGGCAAGAAGACACUGGAAUUCCACUUUAAGAUCCAAGUGCAGGGAUUCCUAGAUGCCACCACCAUCAUCUAUGGGCGUGCCCAGGAGAAGGUGCUCUUCCACUUCCCACUGAACUUAGAAGUCAGAUCCCUGAAGGGAAUGCUGAGCUGGCAGCCAGAGAGGCCCUCCUCCCCUAAGGCCUGUGUCAGAUUCUCUUUGGAAGAUAAGAAGGUGACGGUGACCAACGCCUCCCUGCAACCUAAAUUUUUGGUGGAAGAAAAUCUCCCCCUGAGGGUCACCUUGCCCCUGGCCAAGCCUGAGCACGCUGGCUCUGGGAAGCUCUUCCUGAACCUCACCUGGGGCGUGCUGCUGAAGGAGGUGAAGCUGGUGGUGAUGACAGUGAUCCAGUCCCAGAACAACCUGCUCUGUGAGGUAUGGGGACCCACCCCCAACAACAUGCAGCUGAACUUGAGUCUGGUGAACCAUACAGUGAGUUUCUUGAGUCAGCACAAACAAGUGAAGGUGGUGAACCCCGAAGUGGGGACCUGGCAGUGUCUGCUGAGUGCUGAAGGUGCCCCCCUGGUGGACUUCAAGUUGGAAGUUACCUCCACUUCCGUGGGGGCCCCACUCCUGACCAUAGUGCUGGGGGGCGCUGCAGCUUUUCUGUUUCUCUCUGUGCUCUGCGUAUUCUGCUGCGUCAAGUGCUGGCACCGCAGGCGCCAAGCAGAACGGAUGUCUCAGAUCAAGAGGCUUCUCAGGGAGAAGAAGACCUGCCAGUGCUCCCACCGGCUCCAGAAGAUGUGAAGGCCAGGAAAGUCCCCCCAGCUCCCCAGCUGCCUCCCCCAGCAUCUCCUGGACCUGUGGGCCAGAUGAAUGUAUCCAGCUCAAGACUUCCAGACAGAAGCUGGCGCGAGCCCCCCUGUCCACCAGUCCUCUUCCAGAGCUCCCCUUUCCCUUUCCACUGAACCCCUAACCCUUCUUCCAUCACUUCUUCUCCACCUCAUCUCUCACUGUCCACCUGGAUCUCGGGGCAGCUCUUAGGACCAGCCCUGUCCAGGCUGGAGGGUGAUGGAAGCAGGACUGCCAUUUUAUUCAAGGUAACUGAGGACCAGAGAAGGCAAGGAUUAGCCUGAGAUCACACAACCCAGCAAGAACAGGUGCAGGUCCUAAGGCCUACAGAUAAUACCCUGACCUGGGCACAAGCAGUUCUCCCCAACAGCCCCCCUACAACCACCACCAUCAACAUAUGCCCUCAUAUACAGGCUAUGCUGGUUGCUGGGCAUGAAUCCUUUCCACCCAAUGAACACAUUUCUGUACAUCAGCCAGUUUCACAUCCUGUGUUUGUCUAAUCCUUAGGGAGAACCUACAAAGCUGAGAGGACAGGGCCAAGGCAGGCAUUUCCAGGGUGGAGUUGGCACACAGAGAGGCUAGAUGACUCCCCCGACUCACACAGCUGCUAAGUGCUGGAGUUGGGAUUCGAACAUUUCCCUUGAGCCCUAAUUCUGUUGUUGUUUUUCAAACACCAUGCAGAUCUCUGCAGCUGGUGAGUUACAAAUGGCCUGGAUGAAGCUUUGGAUUCACAGGAGUAUACUGUAACCUGGGGGUGGUAGAGGUGGGAUGCCUCACAGUCUAGGCAUGUAGAGGGGUGCUUUCCCACCUAAAAACCCUACUUUGGUCUGUUGCUAGUGACAGAUGCUUCUAAGCAAAACACAGGCUCUGUGGGAGAGUUUCCAGUGACCCACACACUUACCCAGUGCUGAACCUUCUACGUGAGCUUCCCCCAGAGGACAGGCUAGCCUGAGAGUAAGGAGUUAGUCUGAGAGUGACUCCUCUUAGUGGCUCCUCUGUGAAGAGAGAUAUCAUUGGGUCUCAGCCCCCCACACACACACCCUUAAUUCAUCUAGGAUUCAGGAAAAUGGGGGUUGCAAGUCUCCCUCCUCAUCCUGACCCUUUUCUCUCAGGGUCUCCAGCUUCCUCAGCCUCUCCUUUAUCUCUUUACUCCAUUUUUCUUCCUCACCAUCUCCCUCUUCCCUUUCACCCUUUCACGUCGGCUUGCCUCUUCCAGAAAGGCAAGGUCAUUGAGGCCAGGGCUCCCCACAGCUGACCGGCUGCCCACCCACUGCCCACCACCCCAAAACCAAUCCUGCUUCCCUGAGCCCACAGAAAUAAAUACACUUGCUAAAAA